UUUUAGGUAAAUAAAAGAAUUUUUCCUUAAUAAAGACAAGAGAACGUAUGUAUGCAUGUAUGUAGAGCUUUAUAACUUGAAAUAGGUGCAGUUGAAAAUAGGAGUUGAAUACCUUGCCUAAUUAAAGAUAAGAUACUUGAUGUCUUACUGAAAGCAUAGAUCUAGAUAAAUGGAAUGGUCCACAUUUGAGCAUGAGGGUAAAUGGUCAGCCAGGAUCACAAAGGACGGUCCAUUUGACCCUGUCAGAGGAUGACUUCCUGUGCUCAGUUAACCUCCUGGGACAUCUUAUAGCCCAAGCCUAAAAGCUAGCCAAAAAUUAUAAAAGCUUCUUGCAAAAAUAUUGUUGUAAGUCUAGUGACCUAAUUUAUAACUUGUUUUUGUUUGUCUCUCUUAUAUAGACUUUCUUUAUCACAGGCUUGUUUUUCAUGGAAAAUUAGAAAGUUACUCUUCAGAGCUUUCAACAGUUUUUUUCGUAUACUAUUUUACCAGCCAGAAGAUAGAAUGUCUCCCACACAGUCAGUCUUUUUGCUACUUGAAAAACAGUUACCUCUGGAAACAGAAACCUACUCCUUUUGUAAGUCAUCAUGCUCUUUAGGAAGACUCAGGUUUGACAGUUCUCUGGAAGAUCUCCCUAAGAGUGGACCUCACCCACCUGCAACUCCUCAGGUUUUACAUAUUGGUAGCCAAGUAGCCACACUCUCUAAAGUAACUACCUAUUCUAGCAGCUCCACAAGAAAUGUGACGACAGGUUCAUUGGAAGGGUCUCGAAACUUGUCUACCUUGUCUUCUCCUGCUAAAUAUAGUGCUGCCGUUCUGAGCAGCGCAGCCGCUACUGUGUCUGCUGUCCUUGCUGCAAAAACCAGGCUCUCCAGUCCUGAAAAAUAUCACUCACUCCUGGAUGCACUUUGCAUCAGCCCUGUUUCCAAGCCUUUAGCUUUUUCGUAUCUCCAGCCCUCGAGGAAAUCAACUGGCUCUGUCCAUGUUAAGAAAACCAGCAGCGUCCAGGAACCCUCUCAGCCGCUGGCCGCUGGAGCAGCUGCAUCUGGGAGCACGCCUGAGGGGCCGGGAAGCCCAGGCUCGGCCAGACCAGGGGUGGCCGGGCUCACCACUGCUGCCGCCUUCAAGCCUCUAGGGUCCACCGGCGGCAUCAAGUCACCAAGCUGGCAACGGCCCAACCAAGCAGCACCUUCUACUGGCAGAGUCGCGAGCAGUGGGACGUCCACAGGGGCGGCGGCAUUGCCCAGCUCCGCCGAAAGGCAGCCCCAGCCCAGUGAUGAGGACACUUUGGUGCAAAGGGCCGAGCACAUUCCCGCGGGGAAACGAACUCCGAUGUGUGCCCGCUGCAACCAGGUCAUCAGGGGACCAUUCCUAGUGGCGCUGGGGAAAUCUUGGCACCCAGAAGAAUUUAACUGUGCUCACUGCAAAAAUACGAUGGCCUACACUGGAUUUGUAGAGGAGCAGGGAGCCCUGUACUGUGAGCUCUGCUAUGAGAAACUCUUUGCUCCUGAAUGUGGCCGAUGCCAAAGGAAGAUCCUCGGAGAAGUCAUCAAUGCUUUGAAACAAACUUGGCAUGUUUCCUGUUUUGUGUGUGUGGCCUGUGGAAAACCUAUUCGUAAUAAUGUCUUUCACUUGGAGGACGGUGAGCCCUACUGUGAGACUGAUUAUUAUGCCCUCUUUGGCACUAUAUGCCAUGGAUGUGAGUUUCCCAUAGAAGCUGGUGACAUGUUCCUGGAAGCUCUGGCCUACACCUGGCACGACACUUGCUUUGUAUGCUCAGUAUGUUGUGAAAGUUUGGAAGGUCAGACCUUUUUCUCCAAGAAGGACAAGCCACUUUGCAAGAAACAUGCUCACUCUGUGAAUUUUUGAAAGUCAACAGUCCAGGGGAAGAGAAGAAAUUCGAAGAGAAAGAGGAGAAUUUAAAUCACCGAUUAAUUUUUAGAUUUAAUAUUUAUAUGGAAUUUUGAAAAAUAAUAGUGGCCCUGAAGGGAUAAAUUCCAAGCUUUGAAAAUCAAGUCUGUGAGGAAAUAUCUGGCUUCAUAAAGUAAAGAGACAGUUUGGUGUUUAUUAUUACCUCUUUUCCUGCAUUUUCUGCCCAUAAAAUAACUUUUAUAAAAGCCAGUUUCCUGGUUGACUGUUAAGUUCAUCUUAGAAUAAAUCAGUGAAGAAUUAAAUUUUAGAAUAAAACCCUUCAACCUCUAUGCUGAAAUAAUUAUACCUUCUUUCCUUACUAGGUAGUUGUGAGUAAAUCUAUAAAAGGCAAUAAAAAUGCCUUACACUUAAUUAAUAAGUGAAACAUUGUGUUUUUUUAAAAAAUAGUGUUUAUCUUUAAAACAGUAAAUAGGAGUUUAAACAGAAUUUUAUCAGUAGUAGGUGUCAGGGUUUUUUAAACUAUACUUUUUUUUUUUUUUUUGUCUUUACAGUUGAUCAUUCCAGUAGGAAAGGCCAAUGAGAUUUUGAUCAAAAUGUGUCAUGCCCAAAAGAGAUGUUAUCUUUUUCUCCGAUCCCCUCCACCCCAAAAAAGCUACCAUAUAGCUUAUGAACUUUAAAUUUUUGCCUUUUAUUAAAAUAUGACCAUUUCUGUCCAUUGUGUAUGUUUCACCACCUGUAUUAGUCAAACUAUUUUUUUUUUCCCUUCCCCAUGCUGAGGUAAAGAGCUUGUUGAAUAACUUUGGGCUCUGAAAGUUUUCUGUCUUUAAAGAGAAUAAAUAGAAAAGGAUGCAGUUGGGAAUUGUGGUAAAUCAGAGGAUUCGAUCAGAAAAUUUUUUGAAUUCCCCCUUUUUGGACAAUGAAUCAAUUAGAUCAGUUUCAGAACUAUACUACUGACUGAUGAAGGUUUGAAAUUUCUCUUUGCAGAAUAAUUGUUUUUCUUUAGUUCUACAUUGGAAAAAUAAAAGAUUGGCUUGGGGAUGUGAUAAAAAUUUAGAUUUUUUUUUUUCUUUUGGUAGCUCUUUCUCAAUAAAUGAACCACUUCCAAAUGUAAUCAUGAAGUUCGGAAUUCACAGAGGUUUGAUAGUGUAGAGAGGAACGUGAUUAAUUAUUCAGACCAGACUUUCUUUGU